AUGACGGAAACCAGCCAGAAACGACGCGUGCUGAUCGCGGGGGGAAGUGGGUUUCUCGGCACGAACCUUGCUCAAGCUCUCCGCGCAAGGGGCGACGAGGUGGUUGUGCUGACUCGCGGCGUCUCGCGUGAGGCCGAUGGCAUCCGAUUUCUGACGUGGGACGGCCGGACGAUCGGUCGAUGGGCGGACGAGUUGCCCCGCAUCGACGCGAUCGUGAAUAUCGCCGGCCGGUCGGUGGACUGCGUGAAGACGCCCGAUCAUGUCGACGAGAUCCUCCGCUCGCGCGUCGACUCGACGCGCGUGCUCGGCGAGGGGUGCCGAUCGCUCGGCGUGGAGCCGCGGGUCUGGGUGCAGAUGAGCACGGCGCACAUUUACGGCGAUCCGCCGAAGGACGUGAGGAUCGACGAGGGCUCGACCUUCGGGCACGGGCUUGCGCCGGACGUGGGGCGGGCCUGGGAAUCGGCGUUUGUGGCGGCGAAGCCCGCCGGGACGCGGGGCGUUGUCCUGCGGACGAGCUUCGUGCUCGGGAAGGGCGGCGGCGCGUUGCAACGCCUGAUGUCGCUCACCCGUCUCGGGCUCGGCGGCACGGUCGGCUCGGGCGAGCAGGGGAUCAGCUGGAUCCACGAGCGGGACAUGGAUCGUCUCUUCCUGUGCGCCAUCGACGACGAUUCGAUGAGCGGCGUCUACAUCGCGACCGCACCGAACCCCGUCUCGAACGCCGAGUUCAUGCGCGAGCUGCGUCGCGCGAUGAAGAUGCCGAUCGGCCUGCCCGCCUUCGGGUGGAUGGUGCGACUCGGCGCCCCGCUGGUGAUGCGGGCGGACCCGGAGCUCGCGCUGUACGGGCGAUAUUGCGUCUCCCGGCGCCUGAUCGAGGAAGGGUUCACGUUUGAGCACCCCGAGAUCGGGCCGGCGUUGCUCGGAGGCCCGACCAUGAGCAUGAGAAUCAGCAGCUUCAACCCGUACGCCAACGUUCUCGUCACGCUCGGGCUCGUCGCGAUUGGCCUGAUCGGCGGGCUCGUGUGGGCGAACCUCGAGCCGGCGGCGGUCGGCAGCGCCGCGCGGGAGGCCGAGACGAGCGGGUCGCUCACGACGGGCGAGCUGGCGACGGUGGAGCUCUUCGAGCGGACCUCGCCCUCGGUGGUGAACAUCCAGACGUACACGCGCGAGCUGGUGCGCACGGGCCGGAUGAUGAUGCAGGAGCGGGCGGUCGAGGGGGGCGGCUCGGGCUUCGUGUGGGACCGCGACGGGCACAUCGUGACCAAUUUCCACGUCGUGGGCCGGUACUUCGUGCGGCGCGGGCAGACGCGGGUGGACCUGGCGGACCACGUCGUCGUCUCGUUCAGCAACGGGAUGACGCGCGAGGCGCAGGUGGUGGGGUACUACAUCGACCGCGACAUCGCGGUGCUCCGGAUCGACCCGGAGGGCGUCGGCCUGAGCCCGAUCGCGCUGGGGACCUCGGGCGACCUGCGCGUGGGGCAGGACGUGCUCGCGAUCGGCAACCCCUUCGGGCUCGACUCGACGCUCACCAAGGGCAUCAUCUCGGCGCUGGGGCGGGACAUCGAGGCGCUGAGCGGCGCGCAGAUCUACGACGUCAUCCAGACGGACGCGGCGAUCAACCCGGGGAACUCGGGCGGGCCGCUGAUCGAUUCGGCGGGCCGGCUGAUCGGCGUGAACACGCAGAUCAAGAGCACGUCGCGCUCCAGUGCCGGGAUCGGGUUCGCGAUCCCGGUGGACGUGCUCAAGGCGGUGGUGCCCCAGCUCAUCGAGAACAAAGAGGUGCAGUGGCCGACGAUGGGGAUCCUGACGAUCCGGGACGAGGUGGCGCGCCGGAACGGGAUCCGGACGGGGGUGAUCGUUCGUUCGGUCUUCCCGGGGACGGGCGCGGACCAGGCGGGGAUCCAGGGGGUGCGUGAGAUCGGCGACGGGGACGCGGAGAUCCGCGACAUCAUCCUCGCGAUCGACAACAAGCCCGUGACGAGCGUGGCGGAGCUGCAGCGGCUCCUGCGCGACUACCGGCGCGGGAACACGGUGGACGUGACGGUGAGCCGGUCGGGCGAGGUGCGGACGGUGUCGGUCGAGCUCGGCGCGGUGCGCGACGAGCCGAGCUGCGCGGAGCACGAGCUGGCGUGCAUGAUGGACCACUUCGACCUGGACCUCUCGCGCGUGGACCGGGUAAACGUGGUGCUCGAGGACGUGCCGGUGUGGGAGCGGGUGGCGCGCGCGGACGCGGUGAUUAUGGGCGGGGCGGGGGACCACUCGGUCACGGAGCGCUACCACUACGACGACGCGCUGGAGCUGCUGACGAGGAAGAUGGUGGACGCGGGCACCCCGCUGUUCGGCUCGUGCUACGGGCACCAGUUCAUCGCGCGGACGCUGGGCGGUGAGGUGGUGACCGACCACGACCGUGCGGAGGUGGGCGUGGCGGAGAUCCGCCUGACGGAGGCGGGCGAGCGCGACCGGGUCUUCGGCACGCUGGGCGAGACGGUGUUCGACGCGCUGGUGGGCCACCACGACCUGGUGACGGAGCUGCCCGAGGGGGCGGUGGAGCUCGCGUAUAACGGCGUGUGCCGCAACCAGGCGUUCAAGCUGGAGGGGCGGCUGGUGUACGGGACGCAGUUCCACGCGGAGAUGACGCCGGAGCGGCUCGUGGAGCGGCUGGAGACGCACCGGCACUACAUCCCGGACGACAACGAGUUUGACGGUUUGAAGGGGUCCCUGCGCCCGACGCCCGUGACGGCGCGCAUUCUCGGACGUUUCCUGGACACGGUGGCUCGCGUGGGUCAGACGGACGUACAACUGGGCGACCAGGGCGAGCGGGCCCGGACCUUUAUGAAGGGUCUGCUCCGCGACCUGCAGGCGCUCAAGAUGAUGCUCGAGCGGGGGAUGAUCGAAUCCGGCGUGAGCCGCAUCGGGGCCGAGCAGGAGAUGUUCCUGGUCGACAAGAGCUGGCGGCCGGCGUGCGUGAGCGACGCGUUUUUGGAGGUCGUGAACGACGAGCACUUCACGACGGAGCUCGCGAAGUUCAACGUGGAGUUCAACGCGGACCCGCACACGUUCGAGGGCUCGUGCCUGCGCGACAUGGAGACGCAGAUCACGACGCUGCUCGAGAAGGCGUACGAGGCGGCGGACCGGAUGGGCGUGCACGUCGCGCUCGUGGGCAUCCUGCCGACGAUCGAGAAGAAGGACCUCACGACGGCGAACAUCACGGACCGCCCCCGCUACUUCGCGCUCAACGAGGCGCUCAACCGCCUGCGCGGGGGCCCGUACGACCUGCGGAUCACGGGGGUCGACGAGCUGUCGAUCACGCACGACUCGGUGAUGCUCGAGUCGUGCAACACGAGCUUCCAGGUGCACUUCCAGGUGAGCGCGGAGGAGUUCGCGCACAAGUACAACGUGGCGCAGGCCGUGACGGCGCCGGUGAUGUGCGCGAGCGUGAACUCGCCGAUGCUCUUCGGCAAGCGGCUGUGGCGCGAGACGCGGAUCGCGCUGUUCCAGCAGUCCAUCGACACCCGCGCCCAGAGCCGCGACCUGCGCGAGUUCAAGCCGCGGGUGAGCUUCGGGACGAGCUGGGUGAAGGAGUCCGUGCUCGAGAUCUUCCAGGAGGACGUGGCGCGGUUCCGGACGCUGUUCGUGGACGAGCCUGGCGAGGACCCGGUCGAGCGCGUCGAGGCGGGCGAGGCGCCCAAGCUCGCGUGCCUGCGGCUCCACAACGGGACGGUCUACCGCUGGAACCGGGCGUGCUACGGCAUCUCGGACAACGGCCUCCCGCACCUGCGCAUCGAGAACCGCGUGCUCCCCUCCGGGCCGACGCCCGUCGACGAGGUCGCCAACGCGGCGCUGUGGUUCGGCCUCAUGCGCGGCGUCGCGGACAUGCACGGCGACAUGAGCAGAGCGAUGAACUUCGAGGACGCGGCGAGCAACUUCCACGAAUCGGCCGUGCGCGGGAUGGAGGCGCAGCUCAAGUGGUUCAGCUCGGGGCACGUGCCGGCGCGGGAGCUGCUGCUGGUCGAGUGCGUGCCGGUGGCGCGCGAGGGCCUGAAGGCCUGCGGGAUCGACGCUUCGGACAUCGACCGGUACAUGGGCGUGAUCGAGGACCGCGUGCGCUCGAUGAUGACGGGGGCGCAGUGGCUCGUUGAGUCCAACGAGGCGCUCAAGGGCGACGGCUCGAUCCCGACCGGGGCGGACGAGCGGAUGACGUGCCUGACGUCGCACCUGAUCGCGAACCAGGCGACGGGCGAUCCGGUCUCGGAGUGGGACGUGCUCACGAGCUCGUCGAUCGUGCGCGACCGGGACCACGUGCGCACGGUGGGGCAGUUCAUGACCCGCGACCUCUUCACGGUGCGGGACACGGACGUGAUCGACCUCGCGGCGUCGCUCAUGGAGUGGCGUCACCUGCGGCACAUCCCGGUGGAGGACGACGAGCACCGGCUGGUGGGCAUCGUCUCGCACCGGGGGAUCCUGCGCCGGCUGACGUCGCGCGACCGGCGCGAAUCGAUCCCGGUGAGCGAGGUGAUGAUCGCGGACCCGGUGACGGUGAGCCCGGAGACGAGCACGCUGGACGCGAUGCGGCUGAUGCGCCGCCACAAGAUCGGCGCGCUGCCCGUGGUGAGCGAGGGGCAGCUGGUGGGGAUCAUCACCGAGCACGACUACGUGGAGAUCGCGGCGCCGCUCCUCGAGCAGUAUCUCGCGGAGGGGGCGGACGCCGUGUCCACGUUCGCGGCGCGCGAGAUCGGCCGCGCCGGCUCGCCCCGCGCCGGCGCGACGCUCGUGUGCGUCGCGGGGCAGCACGGGAACGAGCCGUCCGGCGUCUUCGCCGUGCGGCGCGUGCUCGACGCGAUCGGAGAACACAAGGUCCCGAUGCGCGGCGCGCUGAUCGGGCUGCGCGGGAACGUCACGGCGUUGGCGAGCGGCGUGCGCUACCGCGCGGCGGACCUGAACCGGCUGUGGACCCCCGACCGCCUCGAUCGGCUGCGCGCCAAGGGGGACCCCAUCCGCGAGGCGGGGCACGAGUUCGAGGAGAUGCACGAGCUGCACGCGGCCCUCGAGGGCGCGUUCGCGGACGCGUCGGCGGGCUCCGCGGUGCUGGACAUGCACACGACGAGCUCGGACAGCGCGCCGUUCGUGGUGAUGGAGGACCGCCUGCCCAACCGCGAGCACGCGCGCCGCUUCGGCACGCCCGUGGUGAUCGGGCUGGAGGAGGUGCUCAACGGGACGCUCCCGGAUUACGUGAACGACCGCGGGUUCGUCUCGCUCGGGUUCGAGGCGGGCCAGCACGACGCGCCGGAGAGCGUCGGGCUCCACGAGUCCGCGGUGUGGGUCAUGCUGUGUUCGAUGCGCAUCGUCGAGCGCGCGGACGUGCCGGGGGGUCUCGCGGCGCACGAGGCGCGGCUCGCGGACGCGUCGCGGGGGCUUCCCGGGUUCGUCGAGCUGCGCCACCACCACCGCGUGCGCGACGGGGACGCGUUCGAGAUGGCGCCGGGGUACGCGAACUUCGUGCGCAUCGAGAAAGACGAGCUGCUCGCGCGCGACCGGCGGGGCGACGUGCUCGCGCCGCAGCGCGGGCGCGUGUUCAUGCCGCUGUACCAGCCGCUGGGCGAGGACGGGUUCUUCGUCGUGCGUCGCGUCGGCGCGAUCUGGCUCAGGCUCAGCGCGCUGCUCCGCGUGCUCGGGGCGGACCGCCUCGCGCCGCUGCUGCCCGGCGUGCGGCGCGACCCGGCGCACCCGGGCGUGCUCAUCGCGGACACGCGUGUGGCGCGGUGGUUCACCGUCGAGAUCUUCCACCUGCUCGGCUACCGGCGCCGGAUGCCGCGGGGCGAGCACGAGGCGGUCUUCUCGCGUCGGCACGACGAUCUGACGCGGGCGAAGAAUUUCCCGGAUGGGGCCCGGAUAUUCAUGAGCAUGCGCGCACUCAUCCUGGGCAUCGGCGACGCGUUCACCGCGACGAGCUUCGGCGCCAGCGCGCUGAUCCGGACGGACGAUCCCGAGUCCGGCGAGCGGUACGUCCUGCUCGACUGCCCGGACCUCAUCCACCGCGCCAUCCGCGAGGCGAGCGACAAGUCCGGGUGGGACGUCCCGCAGACGAAGAUCCAGGACGUGAUCAUCACGCACCUGCACGGCGACCACUGCAACGGGCUGGAGAGCUUCGGGUUCUCGUGGCUCGUGAUGCGGCUGAAGGGUCUGACGGACAUCAAGCCGACGAUCCACACGCACCGGCGCGCGGCCGACCGGCUCUGGGCGCGGCUCGCGCCGGCGAUGGACGCGCCGCUCACCGCGGGCGGGCGCAACUCGCGCCUCGAGGAUUUUUUCCACCUCAACAUCCUCGAGCCGGGCAAGCCCGCCACCAUCGCGGGGCUCGAGGUGGAGUGCCGCCACACGAUCCACCCGGUGCCGACGAUCGGGCUCAAGGUGCGCGACGAAUCGUGGCGGCUCGGCUGGUCGGGCGACACGGUCUUCGACCAGGACCACAUCGACUGGCUCUCGGAUUCGGACGUCAUCGUGCACGAGGCGAACAUCGGCCCGGCGUGCGCGGGAAGAUGCGCGUCACGCACGUGGUAG